GUAUAAGAGUAGAUGGUAGAACCACCCUGUUGGAUUUGGCCGUAAGGCCUUGUCAUAGCUUUUUGAGGGGGUGUUUCAAAGUGAGAUCACCCGGUGGGUGGGAGAGGGGGAGAGGGAAAGUGCGGACGUGCCAGAAAACGGUAACAGUGCAGCAACUGCCACCACGCGUAGCGUUGCUGAACUAGGCAAGCGUUUGGGAGGUUUGCUAUCACUACCUGUCAGUUGUCACUCUUUGGCAGUGUCACUCUGGACUCUGGUUUCACUUGUGUUUAUUUAUAUUUAUUGUUCUUUUGCUGUCCUUUUUACUGGAAAAUUCACGAUAAAAUAGUUUCAGUUCAGAGUUUCAGACUUUCAGUACGUAAUGCUCAUUGAGACGGCGUGGUCGUGACUACCACACGAAUUAUUCGUGAGACAGCACGAGAAACUAAGUGCUAGAACGCUAGAAGUGUGCUGCUAAAGGUGGCACAAUUCAUUAGUUGCCUUGACUGAGGCCUAUUGUUUGCUAGCAGGUGUUAGUCAAGUGCCAUUUACCACCUAAUAACCACACUGCAGGUGGCACGAUUCACUAGUUGCCUUGACUGAGACCUAUUGUUUGCUAGCAGGUGUUAGGCAGGUGCCAUUUACCACCUAAUAACCACACUGCAGGUGGCACGAUUCACUAGUUGCCUUGACUGAGACCUAUUGUUUGCUAGCAGGUGUUAGGCAAGUGCCAUUUACCACCUAAUAACCACACUGCAGGUGGCACGAUUCAUUAGUUGCCUUCGCUAUGGCAUCUUGUUGCUCUCCAAACGACGAUUUGUGGGAAAAUCACCUAUCUGAUGAUACGGAAGAGCGGUUGGAGUGUCCUGAUGACACUAUAUCGGAACAGUUAGUUGACUUGGCUCAAUCAAAGGAAGCUUCUUCUACAUCUACGGAUGCUACUUCUGGAAAGGUGCAACCUAAGGCGAAGUCUUGGGUCUUUAAACACUGCCAAAAAGUGGGAGGGAAAAACGUAUGCAACAUUUGCAAAAAAUCAUUCUCUGGAGGAUCCACCUCUCCUAUAGCCUACCACUUGGAGCACCUUCACAAGAUAUUUUCGACAUCGGUGUCAAACAGUUCAGGUCAGAGCAAACUUGAUCAAUUUGUUAAGUGCGGCAAAGCAAGAAAAUCGAAGAUUUCAAAAGCUAUUGCCAGCUUUUUGACCGUCGAUUUGUACCCUCCGCAUCUCGUGUCAGGAAUGGGGUUCAAAAACUUAAUGGCUCUUCUUGCUCCAGGGUAUCAAAUCCCCAAUCGUACAACUUUCGCUAGAAACUUCAUUCCCACUGCCUACAGACAGCUUCGUGCUUCUCUUGAGAAGGAACUUGAACAAACCGAGUUUGUCUGUCUUACGUCAGACAUGUGGACUGAUGACUAUCUCCAUUGUUCUUAUAUGACUGUGACUGCCCACUUUCUAACUGACUCUUGGUCAACGCGGAGUGUUGUGCUAUCCACCAAACGUUUUUUGCUUCAGCAUACCGGUGCUAAUAUAGCCACUGCCUUAAAUGCAAUCGUUGUUGAAUGGGGUCUUCAUGGGGGUCCAAAGUUCGUAAUUGUAACUGAUGGAGGGGCGAAUAUUAAGUUGGCCGUUGAGUUACUUGGGUGGUACCAUGUUGAAUGUUUUGCGCAUAAGCUAAAUUUGUGCCUUACUACUAAUGGGUACAAAACCGUCCCGGAGAUUAACGCAUUGAUAAAAAAAUGUAAAUAAUGCGGGGUUUUCUAUACAAAAAACCCGGGUUGUGGGUCGGGGCGAUAGAGGGAACCCGGGUUUUUUGUAUAGUAAACCCCGCAAGAGGGUACCCCUUUUCUGAUACCCAUAGUGAAGGAACCAGGGGUCUAUGACCAGGGUUGUGUUUUGCCAUGGUUUUGUUGUUUGUGCACCAGUCAUUUUUUGCAUUUUAAUCCAGUUCUGGUCUCAGUUAUUAUUAAUUAACAAACGUUUCUUACAAAGAAAAUAUAUUCAAGAAUUUCGAAUGAA